AUGGCAGACCUGAAAUUUUCGGUGAAGGGGUCCAUGCUCGAGAAUGUCCCAAUUUCCGAGAACUUCUACGCCACCUCCCAAGAUGCAAAACUCUUUCGAUAUCUAUGCGAUGACUACAAAGCUUCAGAGGAUUCUGAUGACAAACGUAAUAGCGUGAUCGUUGCGAUCAAGUCUGGAGGUGAUCUAGGGGGCACAAUUGCAUACUUUGGAGAUAUUAAUGCUGAGCCAACCACCCAAGUUUUGAUGAUCAAUCUCCUUCGACAGAGUCCCAUCAGUGUAUCCAUUCCUUAUGGGACGCAGGUAAAUUCAGUCCAUUCCGCUCGAUGA